CCGGCCCCCCCCGGUCCCCCUCCAGGCUCGGAGCUCGGCGGCGGCUGCGGGGCUUCGGGAGCGGGGGCUCGGGCGGUGCCGGUGCCGGUUCCCGGUGCCGGUUCCCGGUGCCGGGGGGGGUCCCGUGGCCCCAUCCAUGCCGCCAUGGCCCCCCCGCCCCGCGCCGCCCUCGCCCUGCUGCUGCUCGCCGCGAUCGGCCCCGCCGCGCCCGCACCCCAGUGGCCCCCCCAUAACGGCAGCGAGGCUGAAGGCAGAGCCUGGGGAGGGGGGGGCUCCCCGGAGAGGGACCCGGCAAACAGAGCCCCCCCAGGGACCCCCAGCAACACCACCACCAACCCCGGGGGGGUCCCAUCGGCCGGCGAGCCCCCGCGGGGACCCCAGCUAGAGCCCCCCGGGGGGGGCACGGCCUCCACCACCCACCCGGAGCUUGGGUGCCCGGGGUGCGCCGCCGGUGCCGCCGGCUGGGGAGGCGAUGCCAGCGCCUUGCCCCCCACCCCGGGCUCAGCCGAGGACAACGAGGUGGCCACCGGGGUCACCUGGCCUGGGGACAGCAGCAGGGUGACCAUCGGGAGCCCCGAAGAGGCCGGCAGCGGCGAGCACCCCACCAGGGCCUCGGUGCCGGGGGGGCGCACGGCCUCCCCGCCGAGCAUCCCCGAUAUCCCCAACCCGAAUUUCGGCACCGAUUCGGCCGAAUCCGACCCGCUGCUGGCGGCCGGGGGCUCGGCCCCGGUACCGGGGGACUCGGGGCAAGAAUUUUGGGUGGCCUCAUCCAGCCCGGCCCCGGCGCAGGGGGCUCGUGGCCGUACGGAGAGGACCUGGUUGGAGGUGCUGGAACCCGGCACGGCCACGGUGCCACCACCGGGCACGGCCGAGCCCCCGGCCCCCGAAAUCAUCGACGUGGAUUAUUACGAUCUCUUCGAGGGCGGCGAGGGGCUGGGGGGUGGCCGGGGGGCUGCCUCGGGCACGGCUCGGAGGGAGCCAAGCGGCGGGGUGACGCCGUGGGGUCUCCACGAGCUCUACGACGACUUCACGCCCUUCGACGAGUCGGAUUUCUACCCCACCACCUCCUUCUACGCCGAGGGCGACGAGGAGGAGGAAGAGGAGGACGAGCUGGAGGAGGAGGAUGAGGAAGACGAGGAGGAGGAAGAUGGGGGCUUGGAGGACGAGAACGGCUACCGGCCACCCCCCUCGGCCGUGCCCCGCGUCCCCCCCCCCCCGGUGCCAACGGGGGAAGCCCCCCAGGAGCGCCAGCGACCCGGGGAGCGCCCGGUACCGGGGAACGGCACCGAGUGCCGGAGCGGCUUCGUGCGCCACAACGGCUCCUGCCGCUCCGUCUGCGACCUCGUCCCCAGCUACUGCCACAACGGAGGCCAGUGCUACCUGCUGGAGGGCAUCGGGGCUUUCUGCAGGUGCAACACGCAGGACUACACGUGGCACAAGGGGACGCGCUGCGAGGCCAUCGUCACCGACUUCCAGGUGCUGUGCGUGGCCGUGGGCUCGGCCGCCCUGGUGCUGCUGCUGCUCUUCAUGCUGACCGUCUGCUUCGCCAAGAAGCUCUACCUGCUGCGGGCCGAGAACAGCAAACUGCGCAAAACCAAAUACCGCACCCCGUCCGAGCUGCACAACGACAACUUCUCCCUCUCCACCAUCGCCGAGGGCUCGCACCCAAACGAUGACCCCAACGCCCCCCACAAGCUGCAGGAUUCCCUCAAAUCCUGCCUGAAGGACGAGGAGCCCCCCAGCAUCCCCAGCGCCGCCCCGGCCCCAUUAGAAAGCGGCAAAGGGGGCGAGGCGGGGGGCUGCGGGGUGCCCUGCCUGCACAACAACCUGGCUUAGGGCACGUUUGGGGGGCACCCGCCUCCCGAAUCCCCGUGUCCCCGUCCCCCCAUCCCCGCCCGUGGCAUGUUUUUGGUGUGUUUUGUCUAGGGGAACAGCGCCGUGUCCUUGUGGGGUCCUUGUGGGGUCCUUGUGGGGUUUGUGCUUCGUGCUCCGUGUCUGCCGCUUGGCUCCGUUCCGCGCCGUGGGUUCUCAAAGCCUCUGCUGUUGACGCCACUUUUUUUUUUGUACUUUUUUUUUUGUCUGCCCCCCCCCAGCCCCAAAACCCCACUUUUUUUUGGAAUAUGAGUCAAAACAUCCCAAAAAAAAAAA